UUCUGUGUCUUUUGCUUCGAGUACCGAACAAAGACACCCAAAAUAACUUAAGUAAAUACCUGUACACCUGACAAAGGUAAAAAGGGAAUAGCUGAACAGGUAGCUCAGUUAUUGUGUGUUUUUCUAUGGAGAAAAAAGUCAAAAAUUGACACCAUGGUAUAUCUUCCCUGUUUCUCCGUUUUUCUAUGUCAGUUGUCCUGAACCACACAGAUCGAGUUCAUCCAGUGAAAUUUGAUGUGUCAAUAUUUUGUUUUUCAACAUGGAUUUUAAGGAGUUUAAUAAUUGCAGACAAUGGACACAAUAUCAGCAGACAGACAGACAGUGAACGCAGACCACAACGAUUAGACCAGAAUGCUGCACAAUAGAGAAGCGGGCGGAAUGGAGGACCAACAAAAGUCGGCCUAUCAAAAGCAUAAUUUGCAUAGACUGGAAUUUGUAUUGAUGCUGAACAACAUUGCAAAUGAUCUGGACCUCUUGCUGAAUGACUUCUGCACCAUAUACCCAACCAAGGAGAACCAAGUCACAUUCAAGGCUUAUGGAACGGGUCAGUCAUGCAAUUCCAGUCACAUGGUCGGAGAGGAUAGCGCCUUUGGGACCCUAGCGUCGACUGACAGCUAUUCCCAAGACGAGAAAAGUGAAACGCUGAAAUCCAGACACCUGACUGUCCUUACAUUACCACAAGAACAGAAUCGAGAAGUCCCCAGCAUUAUAUACGAACCUGAGGUUCAUGGUGGACCUGUCAGAACUUGCAGUGAGACGAACCUUGAACAGCGUCAUAUAUCCUUCCAAGAGCGCCUCACCAAGACACACCCUAUCUGGUAUUUACCGGAUAUUGGCAGAUCUGGAGCAGUUCAUCUCUUGAAGGACCGCGAACCAGGAACUUUCAUCAUUAGAAAUUCUAGUCAGACCAGCACACUAGCUCUGUCAGCUCAGUUCCCUGAGAAGAGUCGAGCCAAUGUAGACCACUACCUUAUUCAGCAUUCAGAGCGAGGCUUUCGAGUGCAGGGCUCGUUGCACUAUUUUGCCUCCAUUUUCCAUCUUUUGGAUCACUACCACCACUGGACGGAUGAACUGCCCUGUCCACUUCUCCUACCCCCCACUAUCCGCAGAGCCACAACCCUCCAAGAGCUGACAUCAUUAUCAUAUCUAGGUCAAGAUUUCUGGACAUCCUACAAGUUUGACAGAGGUUCUCGGAUGGAUUUAUCCAUGAGUAAGCCCAACCUUCAUAAAUCCAAGAGUGAGCCAAUCAACAUUAUCCAUGGCAGUCACUGUGUUCCGCGAAAUCCUGUACAAGUGUUUCACCAGCAAGGUUCUUCCAGUACCUUGGACACUAUUGGGAAAUCCAGCCAAUCCUCUCCUAGGAGCCUGAAUCGGGCCCAUUCUAGUGUAGAAGACAAUGUGGGUGGGUGCCUUGAGCACAGUAGACCCUCCGUGGAAGGAAGUUCCGCAGAGAGUCUUCUCUCCAAUGAUUCUGGUGGAGGAUCAGUCAAGCAGCCCUCUCAAACUUCAUUGUAUUUCACAACCUCACUAGAUUUACUAAACAUUCCAGAAGAAAACCAGUAUUUUAAGAGUAACCUGUCAGACAAAAUGUCGGAUUAUGAGGACAUUUGGCGCCAUUCUGUGUCCUCGCAUGGUCUCUUGAGUCCGCCUCCAUCCACACCAAAGGAAAAGCCCACGAAAAAGUUAAGGAAGAAACAAAAGGAUGCAAUUCAGGAGGAAUCCAAAGAAAAAGAUGUCAGUGUUGAAAAUGUGUGUGAAAAUCACCCUGCUAAUAUUGAUACAGUGCCUGAAAAACAAGUAAAUAGUGAUAUCAAUGCUUCCACAUUUCCUUCUCCAAAACCCAAAUCGAGUAUACAUAGAACAUUGAGUUUAGAUGAUUACAAGAUUAAAAAUGCUGUGCGAAGUGAAGAUAUAAAUGCUGAUCUAUUACAAGUGAAAUUUCAAACCAGUUCUGUACAAACUCAGACAAGCCCGAAAGUGAAAACGAAACCCUCCCCUCUUCCUGUUAGUGAUGACACUUCAUCCACCUCGACUGCUCUGUCGUCUGCUAAAAGCCCAGUGUAUGCAGAGCCAUUUGAUACGUUGAAUGAUGUGGAUGUAAAGAAGGUCAACCGAAGGUCAGCACCUACAAUGGGAAUCCAAAAAAGGAAAGCCAGAGCUGUAUCCCAGACUCCAGAACUGGAAACUAUUUUCUCCCCGGGUUACGAUCAUGGUGAAGGAACUCAAACAUUUCAUCAGUUUGAGCCUCAAAGCUCAAAAAAGGGUGCUGAUCAUAAAGCCUUAAGAAGGACUCAAAGUGCUAAAGUGAAAUCUGCAAGUAAAUCGGACAUGGAAAGUGACCGUUUACUACCAUCAAUAAGUGCCUUACGUUUGGACAGCAAAAAAAUUGUGAUUAAGAAAAAUGAGCGUAAGCGUACUAAAAGUAAAACUGACCUUCGUACACAGUGUGCUGGUAAUAAUGCAAGUCAGACCAUUCAUCAGAGCCGAGAGUUUUCAUGGGAGGAACUAUCUAAGGAACAGCAGAAUGAUGUGACUUCCACCCUAAGGAAAUUCCCUGUGUACAAGAGAAAAAUCUCUUGUGAAUCUGAGUCCACAGAUGUGACAGCAACAAUGGAAGACAUUAUAUCAUCUGUCAACCCCACAAUUCCUGUAAAACCUGUGCAAUUUCUCGAUAUAAAGCAUCGGUUUAACAGUCCCUCCGAAUAUGAUAACUUGAGAAACCCCUCCACGGACAACAAUCGCCAGUCGCAUCUCAGCACUGGUACUGUGUUUUGUAAUCCCUGGGAUAAUGUGUCCUUCGAAGCUUUAAUGAACCCCAAGUUCUUCCCUACCAUGGAUGUUAAUGAGAGGAUUCAAGCCUGGCAAACAUCGCAUAAUGGAAGAGACAGUGUGAUGACAGAUGACAGUACUCUGGAUUAUGUGUCUGGUGAUGAUGAUGAUGUUGAUGAUGAUGAUGAUGAAGAAAGUUGUGAUGAAGCUCCAGAAGUCAUCAUUUAUCCACCAUCAUCGGAGGGAAGUGUUGUGAUGCGGAACCGUGGUUGUGAUCCCCAGACUUCUAGUCACCCACCCCCCAGAUUACCCCCCAAGUUAUACCCCCCACAGGAUUACCCUGAUGUGUGUAAGACUGCAAUGAAAUCUGUGAUAGAAAACCGUCUGUCUGUUCAUAGCUAUGGAGGUUUUGGAGAUAACUUGCCUAAAUCCCCAGAUAGCAGACUUUUUCAGCAGAUGGCAUUUCCAUUACCUAAAGAAGCCAAAAAAGGAACCAUACCAAAGACACCAGAAUCUAAAAUCAUAGAUUACAUUUGCAGACUUUCUAAGGACAAGAGCACAACCUUUGGGUGUACGAUAGAGAACUUUAUCCAGUGUACACUGGAGAGCCAGGAGACAAACCCUCAUCACGUCACCAGGAAUGUACGUCAGUUCAUGACAGGAAUUAGGAACUAUCUCGUAAAGCAUGGAGAGGGUGAACUGGAGGACCUCAUUGAGCAUGAGCGAUCUCGACUGAGACAGGAUGAGAUCCUGAACAUUGACAACAUCAUCGAGCGAUCGCUCCACAUCUGUGUUUUACAUCCACUCAAGCUCCACAUCUACAACCUGUUUGUCACAGAGUACACAAGGAAUGGUAGUUUGCAGACUCUGUCCAGCAAUGUUAGAUACGCUAGAACUAAGUCAGCCAGGGACAUUGGAAUCAGACCUGAUAUCCCACUCCCAGACUCUGGUACCAUGGACACCAUUAAAGGUCACCUACACAGUAUGCAGAAGGCAUACUCUCCUCUCAAGAAAAUGGAGUGUCUAUUGGCCGCUACUUCAACCAUCUACAAAUGUAUGACUCAAAAUUUGAACAAGAAAGAAGGUGUGGUGACAAUCGGAGCUGAUGAUUUUCUGCCGAUGCUGAUCUAUGUCCUGGUGCAGUGUGGGAUUGUCGCGGCUGAGAUAGAGGCGGACUACAUGUGGGGGCUGAUCCACCCCUCCCUGCUCAAUGGAGAGGGGGGAUACUACCUCACGUCUCUCAGUAGUGCUGUGCUGGCUCUCAAGAACUUCAAGAACAUGCAAGGAUCCCUCUCUGAUCAGCAACAGAUGGAAGUGCCAACCCUGGGGGAUAUGGAGGGUUUUCUGAAGGUUGCGAUCCCUGAUGAACUGAGGGACUCCAUCAUCUGGAAGACACUUCCUGUCCGGCCCAACAUGAACACAAAGGAUGUCUGUUCGAUGAUUGCUCACAAGUUCAGAAUAACAAAUCCACAAGACUACGGCCUCUAUCUGCUCGUCAAUGGAGAAGAAACUCGUCUUGGUGAUAUGAACAUUCCUCAAGUGAUAAAGUCGGAACAUAACUCGCAAGGGAGGCAACCUGUUUUUGCAUAUAAAAGAAAUGCAGCAAUGAUAGCCUGGCCAAUGGCUGUCAAGAAGCAACAGAGCUGCUAACUGGACACGCCUCCUGAAAUACUGGUAGUUAAAAGGAAAUAUGUGACAUUUGUCUUGAUAUUCCACUGAUUUUCGUCUUUUUGGUCUUUUAACCAAUUCAUUGAAAGAAGUUUUUACAAAAGGAAUUUGAGCUUAUCUUAUUGUUGCAUAGACUGCAAAAUUUCAGUUCAGGUGUCAAAUGAUUUUAUUUCAACCUAAGUUGUUAGAAUUUUAAAGAUAUUUUACUUCUUUUGUCAGCAUAGACACAAGAAUGAAGCAUUUUCUAUUGUUUUGUCCUACAUUUUAUUGUAAUUCCUUUUUUUUUUGGAUGUGUCGAGCAAACACUGUAGUUAGGAAAGCAUAUGCUAUUUUACAGAAUAUGAUUUGCAACAGAUUCCAAAGUUUGGUGCUAUUUGUAAGAUACACUCAUUGUCAAGAUCUAUGGUAUAACCCUGCCUUUGGAUUAUAAUUGUCACCUUCCAUAUUAGUUCCUGUAUCUUCAGUGCAAUAAUGUAGUUACUGUAUUCCAAAGGUUCAACACUCAAAGUAUGGUUGAUACUAGAGAGGGAUACGCACACUGUUGCAGCCGCUUGUUUUUCUGAUUGCAUACAUUGUAAAAUAGAGAGAUAGGAGACUCAAGGAGGAAGAGAAAUAUUGUGUGUCUAUGGUUCCGUCCACUUUGAAUUGUGAAAAAGCAAAAACGUUUGUUUUGAUGCCCUUAUUUCUGUACUGUAUCAUGAUUCUUGUAAUAUUCCUUUAUACGCAAAAACAAACAAAUUACAAAUAUGAUGACCUGAUAAUACCAUUUAAUUGUAAGACUAUGGCUGUUUUAUGACCCCGUUGAAGAUGUUGAAUUCAUUUACGCAUCAGCAUUAUAAACAUGACCACUGUCGGCUGACAUUACAGCUGUCCAACCCUUUACUCACCACCAGUUAUUACUGUAUAUCAACCAUCACUUUUGAUCCUGCAGCACUGUUUAUAGGCUGGCCAAACAUUUUUAUCCUACCAUUGAUACAUUUACAAUGUGAUUUUAUAGAUGUCAGUGUUAUUGAAUUUUGUAAAUAUUGUUCUAACAAUACUAUAUUGAGAAUCACAUCGAGCAUCAGGUGCCAUAUCUACAGUAUUACAUUGUUAUGCAGUCUGAGUAUUCACAUGUACGUUUGUAUACUGUUAUGCCUUCUAUGGUUUGUUGAUUAUAGUUCAGACUCAGUUUGUUAUCAAUACAUAUGUCUCAGCAUUAUUUUUGUAUGUUUGUGUUAGGUAGCAUAACAACAGUGCAACUGUUAUGUGUGUGUGCGUUGUCAACCAGACAUCUCCAUUUUAUCACGUUUGGUGCAUGUACAAUGGUACACAGUUGUUGUAUGACCACUUAUUAUGUUAUUGUGGAGUGAAAUAAGUAAUUUCACAUCCUGAUCUUUUAUGAAAUAAACAAUAAAUUAUU